AUGGCCACCUCCUCUCUUGCUGCGACUGGCUUGACUGCCUCGAAAUCGGCUCUUCAGCAGCAACAGCAGCAACAAGCGCUUCUAGAUUCUUCCGCACCCUCCACUUCUACAGCCAAGUCGGCGGCUCCCGUCACACGCGUUGCUAUAAGGGAUGGAAAGAUGAUCGGCAUCAACGACCACAUCUACCUUUCUCCCGCUUGGGCACCCGGCGCUGGCGAGCCAUACAUGAUCGCUAGAGUCAUGGAAUUCGUCACCGCCUCUUCGUCUCGUAGUGGUGCAGCAGCCCUUGCAAGCUCUUCCGGUACCUUGCAGGUCAGAGCCAACGUCUUUCUGCGCAUGCGUGACAUCAGCCUUCGCAGCACCAACGACCCUCGUCUGCUUGUCGCCACCAUGCACUCGGACGUCUUCAGUCUGGAAAAUGUACGUGGCAUCUGCGAGGUCCGCCAUCGCGACUUGAUAGGCUCCGGCACAGCUCCCGACGUCACCCAGUGGAAGAAGAAAGAGGACCACUUCUACUAUUAUCAACUCUACGAUCGCUACAUCCACCGUUUCUACGACGUCAUCCCCACCGACAAGGUUCAAAAUGCACCACCAGAGGUACUCACAACACUGCGCUCCCGCUACUCGUUUGUCGUCGCUGAAGCUGGAAUGAUCAACGAUCUCACCGACGCUCUUCGAGGAUGCGCCGUUUGCCACCGAUGGGCAUCAGGUCCAGAAUCCGUCCGCUGCGACACGUGCAAGAAAUUCUUCCACAUGAAGUGUCUCAACCCACCGCUCCUCUCCAAGCCCGCCAAAGGUUAUAGCUGGACGUGCGCGCCGUGUUCGCGCAGAUACGAACAGGAUGUCGAGCUCACACUGCAAUCCGGAGGCAUGCUCAUGCCCUCGUCCUCCAGCUCCAGCGCUAACGAAGUUACAGCUACCAAUCAGCCAAGGCAUCAGAUCACCGCAGUCGCAAACAGAGGCCGUGGCGCGCCGCGUGGCCGAGGUCGACAGUCACUGACAAGGAGAGGUACCGCAACCAGAGCCGACGACAUGGCUUCGGCCAGCAAUACGCCCGAUGGUUCGCCGGCGCCAGACAAGACGAGCGACGACAUUCGUGGUACACGCUGCUUCAACCGUUGGCCGUAUCGUUACUUUGGCCAGCAUACCAAUGCUAUGGACGUGCUUGAUCUACACGACUCGGUGUACCCUAUCGCGACUACUCGACUCGGACCCAAGUAUCAGGCGCUGCUGCCAACAUGGGAAGAGCAAGUAGAGGCAGGGAUCGGCGUUCACUGUCGCACAAAAGAAAGACUCAAGGACGACGAGGCAGCAGCGCCGAUGGUGACAGCGAGUGAAGAAGCUGCGCCCGGAUCGGCUCCAGUCAGCGCGGGCCAGUCAGGUGCUCCCGCCAGUAGUUCGCACAAGAAGAAAGGCCGACCGUUUAAGCGCAAGCGCGAGGCAGUCGAACGUUGCGAUACUCCCACCACAGGUAGCAGCACUCCUGCCGCCGUGGCUGUCUCGCUUCCCUCAGAGCCUCCCGAGUUCGAGCGAGGUGGAGAUCAGAGCGUCGAGCCGUUCUUCUUGCCUUGCGUAGCCGAGAACGAAGAGGUACUCAAUGCAUACGUACAGGCUGUGCAAGCACACUUCAAAAGCGUGCCGCCUUACCAUGUCGAUCUUCUGAACCGCGCUCUCAAGACUUUCACCGAAAAGCACGGUGAUCCGGUGCAGGCGCUCAUGUCGAUCUCGGCAAGCACGACCAAACAGCUUCGAAUCGACCACUGGACGUCAAAGGAAGCCAAGCAGUUCGAGUCCGGUAUCGCACAGGUGAAUUCGGACAUGAAACAGCUCAAAAAGUUCAUCCCCACCAAAACGGUUUCCGAGAUCGUGCGCUACUUUGUCGUAUGGAAGAUGGCGCGCAUCAAAACAGACCUCGAAGCUAUGCAGCAGCAGCAGCAGCAGCAACAGCAACAAGAGCAACAACAGCAACAACAUCAGCCGCAGCUUAAGACAGCCUCGACUGGAUCCAAGAAGGAAAAGACGAAUGGCGCUAUUCGAGCUUCGUCGAAUGCUUCUGUGCCAGCGACGCCGAAGCCGACCACUUCGCGUGCAGUUUCACCGUCGCUCUCGGUGUACGGAGACGAUGCGCCUUCGGGCGCGACAACGUCGUGUGCCAUGUGCUCGACCACUUCGAGUCGAAUCUGGUACAAGGGUCCAGCCUCGCUCGCCAACCGCGUGCUGUGUGUCAACUGCGGUAUCUAUUGGCGCAAGUACGCCGCUGAAACAUUCAACCCGGAUUUGGUAUCAGUCAACACGCGCAAUAAGUCCAACACGGCAGUGGUGGCAGCAGCCAACGCCUCGGGCGUUUCUGAAGACGGUCUCGGUGUCGCACCGCCGUCGAAACUUGCUCGCACCUCGCGCGAUGGUAAAGCAUCCACACCCGCCACCAGUCCAGCUCCGAUCGCUCCUCCGCCCGCGCCACGACCGGAAGCGCUCAAGUGCGUCAUGUGCAAGCGCAUCGAGCCGAAAAAGAAGCUCGCGCAGUGCAGGCAAUGUUCUCUGAGCGUACAUCAGGGAUGCUACGGUCUUACGGAUGCCGAGAUCGAGAUGGACAUGUGGUUGUGUGAUCCGUGCAACAACGAGCAGACACAAGAGGCGGCGCUCUUGCCGAGGUGUAUUCUAUGCUCGAUGGCGGCACAGCAGGAUUCGGCGGUGAAUUCGGCCAAGCAUGCGGCGGCAGUGAGUGGAGAGGGCAAGGCGAGGGGUCGACCCAAGGCGAGUGCCAGCGUUGCAGCAGCAGAGGAGGGUGUCAAGAAGGAAUCCACCACAACCGCUAUUGCGCCCAAUGUGAUCAAAGCACCUCUGGGAGCGUUGGAUGCGUUCAAGCCAACAGAGUGCAACAACUGGGCUCACAUCCUCUGCUCGGUCUUCAUCCCCGAAGUCGUCUAUUCCGACACUGCUCGACUCAAGAUGGUUGAAUCAUGCGGUAACCUGCCCACCUGGCGCUACGAAUCGCUGUGCUGCAUCUGCAACACUCCGCGAGGCGCGUGCGUCAGCUGCUCGGAACCGACGUGUCGCAAAACGUUCCACGUGAGCUGUGCGCACAACCAACAAGGGUUUACACUCGGAUUCGAGAUCAUUCCGGUCAAGUCUACGAGGAGAGAGGUGAUUUCGACACUGACAUUCAAAGGAGAAACGGGACAUAUGGUGCCUCAGAUUUGGUGUCGCGACCACAAGGAGGUGGCAAAGAGUAAAAAGUUGUACGACCUGGCCGAGGUGGAUCAGAAGACGGCGUUGACGAGCCUGCAGAUGUUUGUUCGUGCAAACAAGGGUUUGAACGAGGGUUCCGCGGGCGAGUAUGCGCUGCUCAGGAGAGCGAAGCGGUACGAUUGCUUGCUGGGCGCAUGGACGCCAGCCGCCGACGCAACGCCUGCUGUCGCCAACAAGAGUCUAUCCGGCGACGCCGAGCCCAAGCCCAAGCGUAAGAGCUGCGUCGGAUGCAACACCCUCUUCUCGCCCUUCUGGUGGACCUUGCCCGCCGACGCCAACACCAGCGUGCAGGCGCACGCGCACAUGCACACGCACACGCACGUCAAAGCCGAAACCACCGACACCCUGGCGCACCAACCGACGAGUACCAAGCCCACCGCGUCCGUCUGCUGCAACUUCUGCAAGCAGACGCGCUACCAAGCGCAGUUCGUCCAUGUACAAUAG